CUAAAAACAUUAGCUAUCCACCUACGCCAGCCAGCCCUCAUCUGCUCAUCAACACCCGUGCUCACCUGCGUUCCAGCGAUCGACGGAGCGACGAUCAUAGAUGCGGUCAGCGGCCCGGAGACGGAGGAAGUCAAGGUCCAUUCACAUCGUGGCUCUGGGGAGCGAGUGUCCCGGCGGAGUCGGCCAAGGGGAAGAGAUCAUGGGCCAGGGCCAGCUACAAGGAGGGUUGCUGUGGAGCUACCUGGGUCACGGGGCCCUGGUGGGUCCCAGUGAUCUGGAGAGUAGCCUCCACAACCCGGCCUUCAUGGAGUACACCUCGCAGGUCUUCGGGGAUGUCACUGUGGUGGUCCAAGACUGUCCCAGCUGGGACCUGUUGGACAGCGAGUGGGCCAGCGUGCGGAAAGUUCUUGAGCAGGCGGACAUCCUGGUCAUUAAGUAUUCCGUGACGGACAAGCUGACCUUCCAACAGGUCAGGAAUGGUUACGCUCCGAGGCUCCGCCCACUCUUGAGGCACUGGGGCGUGCCCGUCAUCCUGGUUGCAGUCGGCGCUCGGCUGAAUGACGAGGGACCUCCCUGUACGUGUCCGCUGUGUGCGUCUGACUGGAGCAGCUGUGUGCCUCACAGUGAAGGUCUGCAGCUGUCCCGGGACCUGGGGGCCACCUACCUGGAGUUACCCUCGCUCAACCAUGUGUUCGUGGGUCGCUACUUUGGCAGCGUGCUGGAGUACUUCAUGAUUCAGUGUCUGAAACACAAAGUCAAAGAGAAGCCAGAGAAGAGGCGAGGAAAUAAAAUCAACGAGCUGCGUCCGCCUCACUUGGAACAACCAGCUCGCCUCCCUCCUAUCCGAGUAGAAGAGUCCAGUUUUUCCCAGGACAUGCAGUGGCUGCUGGAGCGCGGCGUGCAGUUCGCCGACGUGGCCUUCUACGCGGGGGACUCUGGGAAAGAGCUGGGCUGGGCCCACGCCUCCGUGCUCUGCGCCGUCAGCCCGUACUUCCGACAGCUGCUCCUGGGGCCCAAGACCAGGGAACGUCCACAGUCCCGCUGCAUCUGCAGGGAGAGGGACGCCACACCCCAUUCCUUACUCUCCACCUGGGACGGGGGGAUUAUUGAUGACAUGCCCAGAUCUGACGGACACCUGGCCGGUCGCCUCUCUCGUCUGGUGGUGAAGGACCCCCUGCUGUGCAUGUGCUUGUGGGAGACCCUCAUGUUCAUCUACAGAGGCGCGUGGGAGUGGGAGCAUCUCCAAGAGGCCUUGGAGGAGAAGCUGAAGAACUCCCUGGCCGUGGCUCAGCUGAUGGAGCGCAUACGAUCCCUUAUUGGCAGAGAGAGGGCAGCCAGAGACACCCCGAGUGCACGAGCGGCCCAGCUGGGUCCCCAGACCCUGGUCAACCUCUUCAAUUCCCCUCUCUACUCGGACGUCAUCUUCAUGGUGCAGGGGAGUGUGUUGCCAGCUCACCGAGCAGUCCUGGUAGCUCGCUGUGACGUCAUGGCGGCCAUGUUUAGUGGGAAGUACGCAGAGGCUCGCAGCCGAGUGGUGCCCAUCCAUGGCGUCUCCUCCGACACCUUCCUGUCCUUCCUGGAGUACCUCUACACUGACUCCUGCUGUCCUGCCAGUGUGUUGCAGGCCAUGGCCGUGCUGGUGUGUGCGGAGAUGUACCAGGUGAAGCGACUGCAGCACCUGUGUGAGGUGUGUGUGUGUGCUUACCUUCAGAGCAUGCCCAGCAGAGAGCUGGCAUCUACGGGCAUCAGCGUGGUUCGACUGCUGCGCCAGGCAAAGUGCCACAAUGCAGAGCAGCUGUAUGUGUGGCUGCUACACUUCAUCGCCAACAACUACCUGAUCUUCAGCCACAAGCCGGACUUCUUGGAGCUCUCAGAGGAGGAGCGGGAGCAGGUGGAGAGACUGCGCUGGCCAUCCAGAGGAUAUCUGCAGGAGCUCAGCGAGUAUCAGCAGCGGCGACGCAAAUUACGCAAGUCUCGCUGCAUGGUCAUGUGACAUCACCUGGACGCCAAAGGACUAUAAUGCAGGGAAACACAAGGACACAGUAAGACCGUUAUUGUUAUUAUUAUUAUUAUUAUUGUUUUUUUACAGAGACACUGUGGCAGAGUUAUUCCCUUUACUGGGAGCAGCAGUGACAUUCCCACUAUGACUGCACAGCAGUACUGGGAGCAGCAGUGACAUUCCCACUAUGACUGCACAGCAGUACUGGGAGCAGCAGUGA